AUGAAUUUAACAACCCGUUUUCUUUCUUCGUCUCAGAUCACAAUACGCACAGUAAGUCACAUUUUUCGGUCAUAUACAACAGACCCACCAUUCAAGAGACCAGGCCCAAUUCCUUUGGGUGAUCCACAAGAACAAAAAGAAUUCGAAGAUCUGGUUCGUAAAAAACAAGGUUCAUUUACCAGCGCUACGAUGGCAAUUGAAGAAGAGGAAUUACAAGCACAUCCGGAUGUAAAAGAAAAACCACCACCACAAUUUGAAGGUGAAAAGAAUCCUGUAACAG